CACACUCACACAGUCACACACACAAGCUAUAGGGCCUCGCGGGCAGGAAAACGGCUUCAGGACCGGAGGGAGGCAGCACUGCCGAGAGCGGCCGGGAGGAGGGGGCGAGGUAGCCGGGAGCCCUGGGUCCCGCUCCCAGGUCCGGGGGCCGAGCGCGCACACCGCCCCGGAGACACCCUCGCAGACACUCGUAGGCGCGCACGCGCACCCUCUCCCCUCCCCCUCGGCUCCCCUCCCGCCGCCUCCCGGCCGGACGAUGGAUCCCUGCAGAUCCCGGGGCUGAGAGCACCGCGCACCGCGCACCGCGCACCGCGCCGAGCCCGGGCGGAUCGAGCCGAGGCCAGCGAGCGAGCGAGCGAGCGCGCGCGGCGGGAGGGCGGGCGGACCCAGCCAAGGCGAGCCGGGCCGGGCCGGCCGCUCCCUGCAGGGCUCUGCGCGGCGUGCCGCGGCGGCCGCCGGCUCCGGCUCCGGGCCAUGCGCCCCUCCACGGUUCGGCGCUGAGCCCGCGUCCGGCCCCGCGCCCCAGGACUCGCCGCCGGUUGCCGGGUUCCCGAAGCCCCCUCAGGAUACCCUUGGCCAGGAUGGAACUGAAGGCUGAGGAGGAGGAGGUGGGUGGCGUCCAGCCAGUGAGCAUCCAGGCCUUCGCCAGCAGCUCCACGCUGCACGGCCUGGCCCACAUCUUCUCCUACGAGCGGCUGUCACUGAAGCGGGCGCUCUGGGCCCUGUGCUUCCUGGGCUCACUGGCUGUACUGCUGUGUGUGUGCACCGAGCGUGUGCAGUACUACUUCAACUACCACCACGUCACCAAGCUCGAUGAGGUGGCUGCCUCCCAGCUCACUUUCCCCGCCGUCACGCUGUGCAACCUCAACGAGUUCCGCUUUAGCCAAGUCUCCAAGAAUGACCUGUACCAUGCUGGGGAGCUGCUGGCCCUGCUCAACAACAGGUAUGAGAUUCCCGACACACAGAUGGCAGAUGAAAAGCAGCUGGAGAUUCUGCAGGACAAAGCCAACUUCCGCAGCUUCAAGCCCAAGCCCUUUAACAUGCGCGAGUUCUACGACCGUGCAGGACACGACAUUCGAGACAUGCUGCUCUCCUGCCAAUUCCGGGGGGAGGUCUGCAGCGCAGAAGACUUCAAGGUGGUCUUCACACGGUAUGGAAAGUGCUACACGUUCAACUCAGGCCGAGAUGGGCGUCCACGGCUGAAGACCAUGAAGGGUGGAACGGGCAAUGGGCUGGAGAUCAUGCUAGACAUCCAGCAGGACGAGUACCUGCCUGUAUGGGGGGAGACUGACGAGACGUCCUUUGAAGCGGGCAUCAAAGUGCAGAUCCACAGUCAGGACGAACCGCCCUUCAUCGACCAGCUGGGCUUUGGCGUGGCCCCAGGGUUCCAGACCUUUGUGGCCUGCCAGGAGCAGCGGCUCAUCUACUUGCCCCCGCCCUGGGGCACCUGCAAAGCUGUUACCAUGGACUCGGAUUUCUUCGACUCCUACAGCAUCACCGCCUGCCGCAUCGACUGUGAGACCCGCUACCUGGUGGAGAACUGUAACUGCCGCAUGGUGCACAUGCCAGGGGAUGCCCCGUACUGCACCCCAGAGCAGUACAAGGAGUGUGCAGAUCCUGCUCUGGACUUCCUGGUGGAGAAGGACCAGGAGUACUGUGUGUGUGAAAUGCCCUGCAAUCUGACCCGCUAUGGCAAGGAGCUGUCCAUGGUCAAGAUCCCCAGCAAAGCCUCAGCCAAGUACCUGGCCAAGAAGUUCAACAAGUCUGAGCAGUACAUAGGGGAGAACAUCCUGGUGCUGGACAUUUUCUUUGAAGUCCUCAACUAUGAGACCAUCGAGCAGAAGAAGGCCUAUGAGAUUGCAGGGCUCCUGGGUGACAUUGGGGGCCAGAUGGGCCUGUUCAUCGGGGCCAGCAUUCUCACAGUGCUGGAGCUCUUUGAUUACGCUUACGAGGUCAUUAAGCACAAGCUGUGCAGACGAGGGAAGUGCCAGAAGGAGGCCAAAAGGAGCAGCGCGGACAAGGGCGUGGCCCUCAGCCUGGAUGACGUCAAAAGACACAACCCGUGUGAGAGCCUCCGGGGCCAUCCUGCGGGGAUGACGUAUGCUGCCAACAUCCUACCUCACCAUCCGGGCCGAGGCACUUUUGAGGACUUUACCUGCUGAGCCCUGCAGGCCACUGUACCAAAGGCCUAGAUGGGGAGGGCAAGGAGAGCAAGGGGGCCCUCAACUGCCCCCCACAUCUGCCCUGGGGACCCACUCUCCUUCCCAAGGCAGCCCCCCCGCUCCUGGGCAGUCCUUUCCUCCUGUGUGUGGUGAGGAAGGAGGCUUGACCAUAGAGUCCUCUCCCUGUCUCUAUCCCUUUCUUUUUAUUUUUAACAAAACUAAUCUGAAAAAGAAACUGAAAAGAGAACUGGGCAAGUGACCUCAGGCUGCCCCUCUCUGCUCUAUGCUGCCUCCCUCAGCUCCCAGCCUGAAUUCUGUCUGUCUGGCUGUCUGUCAUCUGAGUGUCCACCUACAUUCUGCUGCCACCAGUCACCAAAGCCCCCUCCCAGUGGGGGGUGGAGGGGAUCCUCUGGGUCUGGAAUUUGACCCCAAACCAGAGAAUGUACCAUGAAGGGGAGGGAUAGUGGUGGUGGGGGGGGCUUCCCCAGCCUUAAGAGACCCUCUCAGCCCAGUGACUACCCCCCCAACCCCAAGUCUCCAGGCAGGAACUAAGACCCUAGUACCUACCCCCCCACACACACACCAUGUGAAGUCACUAGGGUGGUGGGGGUGGGGAUCCCCUGAAGCAGUGGAGAUGGGGACAGUGUGUGGCCCUGGUGCUGUAGGCCACAUCCUGAUAUCUACCACCCCAGAGCUGCUGGAGAGAAAUCCCAAGAGGCAUCUCUCCUCUACCAUCCCCUAAAAGAUCCAGCUGGUUGGCUUCCAGCUCAGGGAGAGGGGCGCUGGUGCCUAAUCUCACUGGUCCCUCUCCCCGGGGCCCCUGCAGAGGGCCACAUCCAUAAAUUUUCUUAUGGAACUGUCUCAAGUCCUCUUCCCCAACUUCAUUUGCUUCUCUCCACAACCUCAUCUGCAUUUUCUAUUUCUAUAUGAUACAGACUCUAUAUUGCUAUAUCUCUGUAUAUACUUUCCCCUAACUGUCCGUCUCUACUCCAUGCCCUCUUGUCUCUAAGAACCAUCCUCCCACUCCACCCUUCCUGUGUUUCUGCUCCCUCCCUGGUUUAUGAAUGCCUUCGCCUGUAUAAAGAGUUGGACUCUCUCCCCUGGUGUCUGUACUGUGUACACACAUCCCUCUGAGAAGCACAAGGAGACGACACGCGCAUUGUAACCUUCGCACUGUCUCGGUGGCGACAUAAAGGAAGCUGUGAAUCACAAGCUCUGCCUCUUUCUGGCCUCACCCUCUCCCCACAACCUGGGUACCCUCUGCCCCCCCUGCAGCCUUAACAUCCCCUUUCUUGCUCUAUCCACCCCAAAGUCCUUUGUGUGGCUGACUGUGGCCUCUCGGGGGAAGGGAUUGCUACCGAGAGAGCCCCCACCCAAGGAAUGGAGACCUGCUCUGCACACUAAGCCAGGGGUACCAGAAACACAGGGAGCUGUGGACCAGUGACCCCUUCAGGUAGAACAGCAAGCGCUGACAGGCAGACGCUGAGGUCCUCAGUCAGUGGCCUUUCCCUCCUGGGUGCCCAGCCCCUUUCCUAACUGGAUACCCAAGCCCAUCACUUACAUUUUUUGGUGAGGUAUGGUUUGGUAGUGGGAGGAAAGACACAGUCCUAGAGGGGAAGUUGAAAGCUCUGCUGUUCUGUCCCUCCCUAACUUAAACAGAAAGGAGUGAGAUAGAGGGCCUGCCACGCCCCCUCCACCAGGCAGUUCUCCCAGGCCAGAGCCCUGUUCCUUCCCAGGCUUUCUCUGCCCAGCUGUUUCUUGGUCUCUCACCCCAGAACUGGACCUGUGGCAGGUCACCUGUGCAGGCCUGGAGCUGGAGAGUGAGGCUCUAGGAUCUUUGGGAACUCUUAGUUCCUAGGAGUUCUUUAGAGAGCAGACCUCUCCAGAGGAAAGCAAGAGCAAGGCCAAGGGGUGUGCACCGGAUGGAAAACAGCAGGCAGGGCUAUGGGUGACGCAUGCCUCUGGUCUAAUAAACUGGAUUUCAACCAUC